CCAAAAUCCCCGGAUUCUUCUCCAGAGCCGGUUUCCCAAUUGCAUCUGCUUCCCUUCAUCUUCGUCUUUGACCCUGUUCCGGUGAUGGCCUCUAUACACGCCCAACUUCUUCUCAGCGGGUAGUGGCUACCUACCUCACCUCUUACCUUAUCUCGACUUGGAUUUCAUCGUUUGUUCGUUGCACGGGAAUAAACUGGGAUUUCGCGAAUCGACGCUUGCCAUCCGCAAGCUCCAUUGCAUCAUCAUCAAUUUCCCCGCCCGCGCUCUCCGGCCGAAACUAGGGUUCAUAUUCUGGAUUGUCAAACUCAACCAAAUUUCGAGUGUUUGGUUUCAAAGCCGAAUCCAGGGAUAAUACUACCUGCCUGCGUCGGAAUGGCAUCGACAGAGGGUUGGGACGAGCCUGAUUCGUCCCAGGCCGCAAAGCGGGAAGAAGCCGGUGGAUCGACCAGCGGGUACCUGGCCGAUGGCGAUGAUGUGCGGCUCCCGGAUCCUCGACUGGACGUCGACGAGGUCAACGAAACGACAGGCCUGUUGGGCGCCGGCCCCCACAGCAACGGCGCUCAUGGAGGGGCGCCCGCUCCCUCCGGGGGCAGCGGAUGGUCAGGGGACGAGGACUUUGCGGGCUUGCCGUGGUGGAGGAAGCCAUCCGUUUGGUUCCUGCUUGGCCCCUACGCAGUCUUUGCGCUCGCAUUCGGCGGCUCGGUCGUCCCAAAACUGAACUUAAUCAUUGACCUCGUCUGCAAGCACUACUUUGCUGACCGGUCAGCCGCGGACCCGGACUUCACCUUCACACCGGUGAUUCCCGGAGGGAACAACCGGCAAUGCUUCAUUCCGGAGGUGCAAAAGUCCGUGGCCACCUUCUCGCUGGUGCUCAACGUCACCGCCGGCGUCCUGAGCUCGCUCACGGCACCCAAGCUAGGAUCGCUCUCGGACCGCUACGGCCGCAAGCGCAUGCUGAUUGUCUGCUCCAUGGGCGGCAUCAUAUCCGAGAUCAUCACCAUCCUCGCUGCCAGGUUCCCCGAGACCGUUGCUUACCAGUGGUUGCUGCUGGGCUACUUCUUCGACGGACUCACGGGCUCUUUCACCGCGGGAAGCGUGCUGAGCCAUGCGUACACGAGCGACUGCACUCCCCCAUCGAAGCGUGGUGUUGCAAUCGGCUACCUGCACUCGUGCCUGUUCACCGGCCUCGCCAUCGGGCCCCUCAUCGCCGGCUACCUUGUCGAGUGGACGGGCUCGCUCAUUUCCAUCUUUUACAUCCUGCUCGGCUGCCACAUCUUCUUCGUGACCUUCAUGGCAUUCAUCAUCCCCGAAUCCCUGUCUCGGAGGCAACAGCUGCUGGCGCGCGAGAAGCACGCGCGCGCGGAGGAAGCGCUCGCGCCCGCGCCCGCCUCCGAGUGUGCCGACAUCGCGAGCUCGCGAAUCCCGCUGCGGCAGCCGAUCAGCCGCGUUGUACACUCCAUCUGGGCGUCGAACCCCCUCGCGCCGCUGAGCAUCCUCUUCCCGACCGGCCCCGGCACGGCGCGGCUGCGGCGCAACCUCCUGGUCCUGGCCUUGAUCGACAUGGUCAUCCUCGGCACCGCCAUGAGCGCCGGCUCCGUCAUCGUCAUGUACGUCGAGUACAUGUUCGAGUGGGGCAACUUUGAGAGCUCCCGCUUCAUCUCCAUGACCUCGAUGGUACGCGUAUUCACACUGGUCGGCAUCCUCCCGCUGAUCAACUACCUCUUCCGUAAGCGGCCGGCCGCCAGGCGCCUGCUCGAGGACCCCCACUCGCCGCCGCCGCCGCCGCCGGAGAAGAACCGCGGCGCGGACGAGGUCGACAUCUGGAUUCUUCGCGCCUCCCUCGUCUCGGACGUCGUCGGCUCCGCAGGCUACAUCUUUGCGCGCUCCGGGCCGGUCUUUGUCGCGUGCGCCGUCCUCACCGCCUUCGGCGGCCUGGGCUCGGCCACCGUCCAGGCCGCCGUCAGCAAGCACGUUCCGCCUCAGCGCGUGGGUCAGAUGCUCGGCGCCAUCGGGCUGCUGCACUCGCUGGCGCGCAUCUUUGCCCCCAUCGUCUUCAACCAGCUAUACGCCGCCACGGUCGAGACGUUCCCGCAGGCCUUCUUUGUGCUUCUGACGUCUCUGUUCAUCCUCGCCCUGGUCGCCUCGUUCUUCCUGAAGCCUCAUGUGUUCAUGACGGGCGACGGCGAGGCAGUCCCGCGCUCGAGGGAGAACUCCGUCCGCGCGCGGCAGGAUGCGCUGGAGGAUGAGGAGCUUUUACCUGGUGUGUAAAAGGUUUGUAUAUAUGCGGCAGGCUUUUUUUUUUUCAGUGUGUCGAGAAGAGGCAUGGAAGAACAAGGUGCAUCGAGAUCCACGAUUUCGCGGUUUUCGGAGUGGCAUGGGUUUCUAGAUGAGCAAUGGCGGCGUUUUGUGAGGCUAUUUAUUUUCUUAGAGGGAGGACGAAUUUUAAUUGAGCAGUAUUGAUGUGUAUGGAAGCCAUUCACAUGCGCUGGUUCUGUCAACUAUCAGACGGAAUUUUUCGGGUCGUGGCAUGGCUGAUGAUUAGUGCUUGACCCUCUCCGGGCUCCCCCUUUCGGGUGUUCUACACACUACGGAGUACGUCGAA